CGCGCGCGCACAGUCAUAUAUUAGAACCCCAGAAGAUUUCAGUUCCUUACGGUUACCAACUGUUCGUAGAUUUGGCGCCGUAUCUCUACAAAUUGAUAGAUAAGUUGUGUUAAGUGCAUUUUUGGUUUCCCGUCAAGGUUAUAAUUUUUCGAAAUCCAAUAUGAGGAUUAUUGUGGAUGAGCACCCGAACGUUUUGGACGUGUCAGAACUGCUGCGACCGGAGAAACAGUUUGCCGACAAAGAGUUGUCCAAAUUUCGGGACUAUACGGUAGACGACAGUGACCCAUUGAAGGAACGUGUUCGGCGAACAUACAAAUUGAUGCACACGAACCAAACGGUUGAAUUCGUUAAAGGGCGCCACGAGGACUGGCUCAAGUUCGAUCACUUCAAGGCCAACAUCCGGGAAGCGCUGGAGAAACUGAACGAUCUGGUAGAUGAGUCCGAUCCGGAUUUGGACCUGCCGAACAUUAUCCAUGCCUUUCAAACGGCGGAACGUGCCCGCCAGGAACAUCCCGACCAGGACUGGCUGCAUCUGACGGGGUUGAUUCAUGAUUUGGGCAAAGUGAUGGCUUUCUACGGGGAACCGCAGUGGGCCGUCGUUGGCGAUACGUUCCCGGUGGGUUGCGACUGGGGAGAUAGUAUUGUCUAUCGGGAGGAUAGCUUCGUGGACAAUCCGGAUGGGAAGAAUCCUAAGUAUAACACCAAACUGGGGAUGUACGAACUGAGCUGCGGUUUGGAACGUUUGACAAUGUCCUGGGGUCACGACGAGUACUUGUACCGUGUACUGGUGCAUAAUAACAGCACUCUACCGCAGCAAGCGUUGAACAUGAUUCGUUAUCAUUCUUUCUAUCCCUGGCACUCUGGCGGCGAUUACGGACAUCUCACCAACGAACGAGACGAACAAACGAAGGAAUGGGUAUUGAUGUUUAAUCGAUAUGAUUUGUAUACUAAAUGUACGAAAAUUCCCGAUUUGGAAGCACUGUGGCCGUACUAUCAAGGAUUGAUCGAUAAGUAUAUUCCUGGUGAACUAGAGUGGUAAAAUGACGUUGGAGUUUUAUUAUCUUUUUAUCUGUUCCUUACUACGUUGAUGCGGUUUCGCUAUUGGUAGAUUACUGUUUUAUUAGUACAAUAUUAUGUAAAUAAACAUUUAUUAUUUUUUAUACUAA